CGAAUCUACGAUACGCCACGGAAUCCAGUGUCCCCACUCACUCUCCAGCAGGCGUUGACCUAGUAAACCCGAGCAUCUCGCUUCUUGUCCGAUGGCCGCCGCAACCGCCGCCGACUUGGUCGCCGACAAACUCCCCUCCAACGUCUCCUCGGAUUCGGACUCCGACGACCUACUCCUCCCGAACCUCCUCCCCUCCAGCGCCGCACCCUCCUCCCCAUCGCGCGCGGAGCUCCACCACUUCCAAAUCCCCUCCCUCCCGGCCCCCAUCACCGUCCGCGCGCUCCCCUCGCGGGGCCUCUCGUUCCAGCUCUGGCCCUCGGCCUCCACCCUCCUGCGAGUCCUCCCGGCCACCCCGCGCUUGCUCCCGCGCUCGCCUGCCCCGGGGUGCCCGCUCAGCGUCCUCGAGCUCGGCUCCGGCACCGGCGCCGCGGGGCUCGCCCUGGCCGCGGCGCUCCCGGCGCGCGCCGUCCUCUCCGACCUCCCCGACGCGCUCCCUAACCUCCGCCACAACGCCGAGCUCAACGCGGCCCUCCUCGCCUCCGCCGGCGGCGCCGCCUCCGUCGUGCCGCUCCGCUGGGGCGACGCCGCCGCAAUGGCGGACGUGGCCGCGGCGGCGUCCCCGUUCGACCUCGUCGUGGCGUCGGACGUGGUGUACUACGAGGCGUUGGUUGACCCCUUGAUAGAGACGCUGCGGUUCUUCGUCAAGGGGGAGGUGGUGUUCGUCAUGGCGCACAUGAGGCGGUGGAAGCGCACGGACAAGAAGUUCUUCGGCAAGGCGAGGAAGGUGUUCGACGUCGAGGUGGUUCACGAGGACCCGCCGCUCGAAGGUUGGCGCCAUGGGCCGGUGGUUUACCGGUUCACCGCCAAGAAGCAGCACGGCAAGAAGUGAAGAAAGUACCUCAAGGUCCUUGUGCAAUACAAAACAAAUAUUUGCUUCACCAUUAACUGAAGUAACAUAAAUUAACUGUUAAUUUCAGAUUUUCCAACACCACUGCUAAGCCGUUAAGCGAUAUAUCCUCUCGUAUGAGUUACAGGGAAACCCUGGAUCUUAUUACUUUCAAUGUCUCUGAUGUCUUACAUCUUAAGUUAUGCUGUGUCCUUUCUAAAGAGGGAAGUCAUCAAACAUCGCAUGCAGGAAAACUUUGGAAAGGUACAUCUUAAAAAUAAAAAAAACUAAUGAUAAGUAGAAGAGAUAUAGGGAUAGUGAGUGUUUAUUCUAUCAGUAGGUAAUUGGCAUGCCAGAGCUGGCCUUCACCUGUUAUAGGACAAUAGUAGAGCUUGACCAUAUCCAAAGCAAAGG